AAGACACACGACACGUAUCGCCACUAUGACGGAGCCAGAACCACCCGCCGUUGCCGCCCUCUCGCUUGACGAAACGGCGGCACAGCCCGUCUCAAAAGCAACAGAGCAAGAGAUCAAUCCCUGGGACGUGCAAGCGGCAGUCGACGAAGACGGCAAUGUCAAGGAAUUCGACUAUGUCAAAAUAUCGGAACAGUGGGCCACCAAGCUCAUUGAUCAGCCUCUGCUGGACCGGUUCGAGCGCGUCACUGGCCACAAGCCGCACCGCUGGUUACGGCGUGGCUUGUUCUUCUCACAUCGCGACCUGGAACUGAUACUCGACGUGUACGAGCGAGGCGAUGACUUUCUUCUGUACACUGGACGUGGUCCGAGUAGCGACGCCAUGCAUAUUGGACACACCAUCCCUUUUGAAUUCACAAAGUGGCUGCAGGAUGUCUUCGACGUGCCACUAGUCAUCAUGUUGACAGACGACGAAAAGUUUCUCUUCAAGGAAAAGCUAAAGCAAGAGGAAGUCUACGAGUUCUCGCGUCAGAACGCAAAAGACAUCAUCUCCAUUGGCUUUGACGUCAAGAAGACAUUCAUGUACAUUGAUUCGGAAUUCUUCACAUCUGGCUACAACCGGCAUUUCAGUCUUAACACUACUGAAUUCGAAAAGCUCAUCACGAACAACCAGGUUCGUGGUGCUUUUGGUUUCCACGGCUCCACCAACAUCGGCAGUAAUGCCUUUGCUGCGAAACAGUGUGUUGCUGCAUUUGCUUCUUCAUACCCCUUCAUCUGGGGCGAGGACUACAAGACAUACCGUCGUUCCAAGAAGCUCGCGGCUAUACCAUGUCUUAUUCCCUGCGCCAUCGACCAGGACCCCUACUUCCGCCUUGUUCGCGAGAACUGCGGCAGGAUGGACCUCCCAUCACCAAAGCCUGCCCUUAUCCACUCCAAGUUCCUCACCGCACUUCAAGGCGCUGGCGGUAAAAUGAGCGCAUCAAAUGCCAAUUCUGCCAUUUUCAUGAGCGACACUCCGAAGCAGAUUAAAAACAAGAUCAACACCAAAGCAUUCUCGGGGGGUCAGGAGACACUCGAGCUACAUCGCGAAAAGGGUGGUAACCCGGACAUUGACGUUCCCUACCAGUACAUUGCCUACUUCGAAGAUGACGACGAAAAGCUCAAGAAGCUAGCAGAAGACUACCGCAAGGGUGAGCUCCUGACUGGUGAGAUGAAGCGGGAAUGCGUAGAGACCAUGACGGCCUACACCAAGAGAUUCCAGGACGCACGAGCCAACGUCACGGAUGAAAUAUUGGACGAGUUCCUGCGCCCCCGCAAGCUAGAAUGGAAGGGUAACCCUAACCCCACCAAACCAAAACUAGAACAGCCCAAAGAGGCAACUGAAGGGGGACCGAUGCUAGACGCUGACGGAAAGCCAAUGACUAAGAACGCCCAAAAGAAGGCCGCGAAGAUGGCGGAGGUUGAGCGGAAGAAGAAGGAGAAGGAAGCCGCCGCCGCCGCCGCCAAGUAGACAUCACGGUACAGGACAGUACGCACUACCAAUACCAUUGCGUCAAGC